CUCUGCAUAUUCCACCCAUCUAUCUACACUACCAUAUCCCUACAGCUUUUUCCUUCGAUCGAAGAAACAGAGAGAAAACUCUAUACUCUCUAGCUAGCUAGCAAUUAAGCUAGCUUUAUUAGUAACAAACAUGGCGGUCAAUAUAACCUCCAUCAAAACCUCAUCAAAUGGAGCCUGGCAAGGCGAUAAUCCCCUAGACUUUGCCUUCCCUCUCCUAAUUGUUCAAACCACCUUAAUCCUUGUCGUCAGCCGCCUCCUCGCCUUUCUCUUCAAACCCCUCCGCCAACCAAAAGUCAUUGCUGAGAUAGUAGGUGGAAUUCUGCUCGGACCGUCGACUUUGGGAAGAAACAAACACUACUUGCAUCGAAUAUUUCCGUCAUGGAGCACUCCGAUACUUGAAUCCGUGGCCAAUAUCGGUCUCCUUUUCUUUCUGUUUCUCGUAGGCCUAGAGCUCGACCUAAGCUCGAUUCGUCGAAGUGGCAGAAGAGCCUUUGGAAUAGCAGCCGCUGGAAUCUCCCUCCCUUUCGUAUGCGGCAUCGGCGUCGCAUUCGUCCUCCGGAAAACCGUCGACGGAGCCGACAAAGUCGGUUACGGCCAAUUCCUCGUCUUCAUGGGAGUCGCGCUGUCCAUCACCGCCUUCCCUGUCCUCGCGCGUAUUCUAGCAGAGCUCAAACUGCUAACCACCCAAUUGGGAGAGACAGCCAUGGCCGCCGCUGCGUUCAACGACCUUGCUGCAUGGAUCCUGUUGGCUCUAGCCGUGGCACUUGCCGGUAACGGUGCCGGCGGGAGCCACAAGAGCCCCUUGAUAGCAAUCUGGGUCCUCCUCUCCGGUGUCGCAUUCGUUGCUUUCAUGCUGAUCGCCAUCGGACCCGCGAUGAAAUGGGUCGCCCGCCGGUGCUCUCCUCAGCACGACGUCGUCGAUGAAGCGUAUAUCUGUUUGACUUUGGCCGGGGUACUGGUUUCCGGGUUUAUCACUGACCUGAUUGGAAUCCAUUCUAUUUUCGGAGCGUUCGUAUUCGGAUUAACAAUCCCCAAAGGAGAAUUCGCCGACAGAUUGAUAGAAAGGAUCGAGGACUUCGUUACGGGCCUGCUUCUUCCUCUAUACUUCGCGUCAAGCGGGUUGAAGACCGACGUGGCCAAAAUCCAGGGUGCAAGGGCUUGGGGUCUACUCGGGAUGGUUAUUUUCACAGCUUGCGCGGGUAAAAUUCUGGGUACUUUUGUGGUGGCGAUGAUGUUUAUGAUCCCGCUGAAGGAAUCGCUGACGCUGGGUGUGCUGAUGAAUACCAAAGGGUUGGUGGAGCUCAUUGUUCUCAACAUUGGCCGGGAGAAGAAGGUGCUCAACGAUGAAAUAUUUGCCAUUCUAGUUCUCAUGGCGCUCUUUACCACCUUCAUCACAACUCCGACAGUCAUGGCCAUCUACAAACCAGCUCGUGGCAUCUCCACCCGCACUCACCGGAAGCUGCGUGACUUGACCUCCUCCCCCAACUCCAUGGACGAGCUCCGCGUUCUCGCCUGCGUCCAUGGCCCUGGAAACGUACCCUCCCUCAUUAGCCUCAUCGAGUCCACCCGGAGCUCCAACAAGUCCCUUAUGAAGCUCUUCGUCAUGCAUCUCGUGGAGCUCACUGAACGAUCUUCUGCCAUUAUCAUGGUCCAACGUGCUCGGAGGAAUGGCUUUCCCUUCUUCAAUCGCAUUCGCCGCGGCGACUGGCAAGACCGAGUAGCUGGGGCAUUCCAUGCCUACAACCAACUGGGCCGAGUUAGUGUCCGGCCCACAACGGCAAUCUCUGCGUUGUCUACCAUGCAUCAGGACAUUUGCCACGUGGCAGAGGAUAAGAGGGUGACCAUGAUCAUCUUGCCCUUCCACAAACAGUGGACAGGGGAGGACAACAAGACGGAGGAGAAUGUGGGCCAUGGCUGGAGAGGAGUGAAUCAGAGGGUGCUAAAGAAUGCACCGUGCUCAGUGGCUGUGCUUGUGGACCGUGGAUUUGGCACUGAGGCCCAGAAUCCAGGGCCCACUACCUCUGUGGCCCAACGGGUUUGCAUAAUCUUCUUUGGUGGGCCUGACGAUCGGGAGGCCUUGGAGUUGGGCGGGAGGAUGGCGGAGCAUCCAGCAGUUAAAGUUGUCGUUAUAAGGUUCGUUGAGAAGGAAGGAAAGGAGAGUAGCGGCGUGAUGUUGCGGCUCGCACCAAGCGAGGUUAGCGAGCAGAAUUAUAGCUUCUCCACCGCUAAAAUGAACCGUGAGACAGAAAAGGAGCUAGAUGAGACUGCCAUUGGUGAGUUUAGGAGCAAGUAUGAUGGUGUGGCAGAGUAUUCAGAAAAGGUCGCAGGCAACAUUGUGGAGGGGGUGUUAGCAGUAGGGCGGAGCGGGGAGUACCAGCUUAUAGUUGUAGGGAAGGGUCGGUUCCCAUCAACAAUGGUAGCUGGAUUAGCAGAACGGGAAGCGGAGCACGCAGAGUUGGGGCCUGUCGGAGACAUGUUGACGUCGUCAGGCCAUGGCAUUCUGUCUUCGGUGCUUGUUAUUCAACAGCAUGAUCUUGCCCAUGUACAGGAGGCUCCCUUGUCAAAGGUAGUGCACGCCGGGGACGAGAGGUACACAGCCGAUGAUGAAUCCUCGACAAGUGUAAGAGAUGCUUCAAACGAUUAUGUGUGAUCAAAACGAUUCCUGUAUGUUAGAAUAUAUUCCGAAAAUAUACUUCUCGCAUUUAUCGUACGUGUCUAAUUUACCAUAUUUGAUUUAUUUCGUACAUUAAUUUCUUGUUUUAUAUUUUCUAGUUUGUGUCGAUUUAUAUUUCUUUGUAUAAGUCGAUUUAGUUUUAUUUGUAUAGGUUGACUUAUUCAACUAUAAAUGGCAUCUCUUGUACACAAUUUAAGACACAGAAAUAUAGUAUUCUAUUCAAAAUUUUCUUGUUAUUUUAA